AUGGGACCAGCUUGGACUCUCCUGCUCAUCCUCCUGCUGGCCUGGUGCAUCUUCGGCCUGGCAGUGGGGGUGGCAGUGAUCGGCUAUCACGUGGCCACCGCUCGAGUCCCCCCCGAGAUUGGCCACCCGCUGAGGUUUCGAUUCCUUCAUUGUGUCUGUCUGCUUGUGGUCUGCUGGGGGCUGAUUUUUGAGAAAAUGGGGCUCUGUAGUAUGGCUAAAUUCACCCGCUUCAUGCAUGAUCUGAAUGUGAGAAGGCAGGAUCCUGCACUCCACAUCACGAACACGUGUUUCGGGCCCGUGCCAGUGAGAGUGUAUCAGCCGAAGGCACGUGCUCCAGGCCCACGGUGUGGCAUCAUCUUCUGUCAUGGAGGAGGCAUCGUGCUCGGGAGUCUUGAUUUCUACCAAAAGAUAUGCUGCUAUUUGGCUCGGGAAUGUGAUGCUGUGCUCCUAUCCAUUGGAUACCGACUGUCUCCAGAACACAAGUGUCCCACCGGGCUGGAGGAUUGCCUCAGGGCCUCUGAACAUUUCCUGAAGACCCUAAAGGACUAUGAUGUAGACCCAGCCCGCCUAGUUGCCAUGGGGGACAGUGUUGGAGGGUCCCUGGCCACAGCCAUCUGCCAGGAUUUCGUAUGCCGGCCCGGGCUCCCCAGGCUGCGGGCCCAGGUCUUGAUCUACCCAUUUCUGCAGGGGGUGGAUUUUCAGCUGCCCUCCUUUCAGCAGAACCAGUCAGUCCCUCCCCUCAACCAGUUUUUAACCGUCUACUGUGUCACCACCUAUCUGGGAGUGGACUCAACGCUGAUCGAAGCAGUCUCCAAGGGUGCCCACGUGUCUCCCGAGAUGCGGACCAAGCUUAGGAGGUGGCUGGGGAUGGACAACCUCCCAGAGAAAUUUACGAAGGGCUACCGGCCCCCACGCCCCGCCCCAUUCAGAGAGGACGUGUACCAGGUGGUCAAACAAGUCUUUGCUUCCACCAUUUCUCCCUUGCUGGCUGAAGACGACAUUAUUUCCCAGCUCCCAGAGACCUGCCUGAUCAGCUGUCAAUUUGACAGCCUCAGGGAUGAUGGGCUGCUCUAUAAGAAGAGGUUGGAGGACCACGGUGUGCCUCUGACUUGGCAUCACAUGGAGGACGGGUUUCACGGGGUCAUUAACACCUUUGACAUUGGUUUGGCUUCUUUACCCUGCGGAAAGAGAAUCUUGGAUCUUGUGGUUGGCUUCGUGAAGGGCUUGUGA